GCGGGAGCGGGAGCGGUAGUGGGAGCGGGAGCGGUAGCGCGGGAAGCGGGAAAAUUGUACCUAUUCACACCAGAACAUAUUAGUUCAGUUGCGGUAGCGGCAGUAUUUUUUGAUUUCCGACGAAAACAUACACAAAUAAUGAAUUUCUCAUCAGAUGAAGAAGAUCUUUUAUUACUUGCCGUCGCAGAAGAUGAAGAACAUAAUAAGAGGAAGAAGCGAAAAUGGAUCCAUGACAUUAAUUUGGACCGGGAAAUUUUCGGGGAAUUUCACACUUUAAUGCCGCAACUUAGAGCAGACCCAAAACGAUUUUACAUAUACUUCAGGAUGACAAGUGAUUGUUUUGAUGCUAUACUAAAUUUUAUUCGAGCCGAUAUUCGUAAAAGUGAUACAAAUUAUCGAGAGGCGAUUAGUCCAGAAGAACGUUUUGCAAUCACAUUAAGAUUCCUUGCCACUGGUGACACAUAUUACACAAUUGGUCACAGUUACCGUGUUGGAUUCUCAACUGUUGGUCAAAUAGUUAGGGAGGUAUGUGAAGCAAUUUGUCAGAGAUUGCAAAAUAUAGCUAUGCCAGAACCAAAUGAAGAAACGUGGAAAAAAGCAGCAGAAGGAUUUGAAACACGUUGGCAAUUUCCAAACUGCAUUGGCAGUAUAGAUGGAAAACAUGUAACCAUCAAGUGUCCACAAAAGAGCGGAUCAAAUUAUUUUUGUUAUCUAAAAAAAUUUUCUAUUGUACUGAUGGCCAUUGUUGGGCCUGAUUAUAAAUUUUUAUGUGUUGACAUUGGAGGUUUUGGAAAAAAUAGUGAUAGUGGCAUUUUUGAAGCAUCUAACAUGGGAAUGAAAUGUGAACUAGGACAAAUGAAUUUUCCACAAGACAAAAACUUGCCAGGUCAAACUGAACCGUGUCCUCAUGUCUUUAUAGGUGACGAAGCAUUCGCUUUGAGACCAUAUUUAAUGAGGCCGUUUCCCUACAGACAAUCCCGAUCAAAUAUUCGUAAAGAAAAAUAUAAUACUCGGCUUUGUCGAGCAAGGAGAGUAGUAGAGAAUGCUUUCGGUAUUUUGGCUCAGAAAUGGAGAAUUUUUUACAGGCCUUUAGAAACCUCAGUAGGCACCACAGUAACUAUUGUAAAAACAGCAUGUCUUUUACAUAAUUAUCUAAUUUUAACAAACUCCGAUGAUCAAUAUUUUGAGUUUUUAGAGCCACCAGAAGAUAACAUAGAAGCUUUUACAAAUCUUGGAAAUGAUCCGAGAAGAGCCUCAACCAUAUCAUUUGAAUUACACCCUCUCGAAAGAAACACAGCCAACCAAUCAACCCCAAUUACGUCUAAUUUUUGGGUCACACAUGUGGGUUCUGUUUUUGCCUGCGACUGCGAUAAUCCCAGAUUCGUUUCGCUCAAGUGUAAGUCGCCGGGCCACCUGCACCCCUGCAUCGCCAGCCGUUAGUAGACGUUUGAAAGGACAUAGGCCAGUUCCCAGUUUCGGGGAAAUAUAUAUUUUUACGUGCCCCAAAUUAGCAUGAAACUCUUAACUGCAUGCUUUUACAUCCCAAAUAUAACAAAAUAUGAAGAGAAACACAUGUUAAGUACAAACCUAUCUUACACUAUAAGCCACCGAUCUGGGAUAGGGUUAAUCCAGUUGGCGUCCUUUUGUCACUUAAGUCACAAUGGCAGUCCGAACGCCGCACCAAAUUUCACCACACCGGGUAGGAAAUUGUUUAUUCGUACACCGGACCCGUCACAAAUGUCUCGGAGAGUCGAUUGUCUCCUAUUUACAAGGGAAAAUUCCAGAAAACGCACAAGAAUCAAUGCCAGUAAUUAUCUCCCAGUGUUAACAAUUGUGUAGCCUAGGUUAUUUUUUGUGCUAUUAUUGGAUACAUGUAUCUGUUGGACAAUAAAUCAUUUAUUUAUUUAUUUAAUAAUAAUAAUAAUCGAGGCUUUUGCUAAUACACAUUGGGAAUGAGUGUUACAGAUCGACCUAUCGAGUGGACACCAUCAAGAACCAACUCUUCAGCACGAGCAGUGAUGUUAUCCGAAGGCCCACAUGCCAGCCAGCUUGGAGUCUGAAUCAAAGAACUUAGCUGAAAGACCAUUCUUGGUAACACUACUAGAUUGGAAUAAUAAUAACAAUCAUUUACGACCUCCACCCCAUUUAGCUUAAAGAAAUUGGAGCAAUUAACGUGAUGACGACGUGAUGAGCUACAAAUAUUUAACAGAUUAUAAAAAUUUAAAAUUAAUUUGAACCCUAGUUCUGAUGUAAUUUUAUUCCUCGUGUGAUAUUUUGCAUUUGCAAAAUUCAUUAUGGAUCAUUUUUAUUGGAAAAUUUUUAAGGUUAUGAAACAUCUAGUUCCUGUCGUAGGCAUUGUAUAACCAUGAAGUAAGAUGUACGUAGGUUAUGUACUAAAUCAUCUACACUACACCUACUUUGUUCUUUUCCUGGUGGUAUUACAAAGAUUUCAACGUAAUUGAUGGAAUCGCCCCCUUGUCAACCAUAGGUUUAAAGAAACGGGACAACAUGAGAAAAUCAGUAUCUGAUUUUGACUAGUGUGACAAUACAAAUGUCUUAAAUAACAAACGAUUGUAAUUUUGAUUGCAAACUUGUCACUAAAUAUGAAUUGUGAAUAUAUGUAUAAUGUGAA